AUGUCCGACCCGCUCCCAAAACUAAUCACCCUAGAAGAACACUUCGUCGCAAAAGACCUCUUCACAGAACUCUCCGACAUAUACUCAGAACAACUCAAACACCUCCCCGAGGUCUCAUCCCGCCUCCAAGACGUCGGGCCCCUCCGCCUCGCCAACAUGGAUGAAACCCGCAUCGGCCUGCAAAUCGUAUCCCACGCGCCCGGCCUCGGCCCCCGCGCUCCGCACCUAAGCCGCCUCGCAAACGACCACCUCGCCGCCGCCGUCCGCGCCAACGCCACCCGCUUCGCAGGGUUCGCCGUGCUACCGAUGGCCAAACCGGACGCCGCGGCGACGGAACUGCGGCGCUGUGUCCGGGAGCUGGGGUUCGUUGGCGCGUUGGUGGACGCGCAUGUCGACGGACAACACUACGAUGACAGACGCUUCUGGCCCGUCUUCAAAGCGGCGGCGGAGCUCGACGUGCCGGUGUACUUACACCCUACCUACCCCUCCGAGAGCCAGCGGCCCGCGUACGAGGGGAAUUUUGACCCCGGCGCGGCGCGGAGUAUGGGAUCCAGCGGGUUCGGGUGGCACUCUGAAACGGGACUCGCCGUGCUCAAGCUCUUCGCCGCGGGACUCUUCGACGAAUACCCUUCCCUGAAAAUCAUCAUUGGGCAUUUCGGAGAGAUGUUACCCUUCAUGAUGGAGCGCGUGGAAAAGCUCUCGGUUCGCGUCGAUUACCCGUUUGAAAAGAAUGAGAACGGGCUCGCGUGGAUGAGGGAGUUGAGAGAUAGUGGGAUGGUGACGGGGGAGCAGCUUGAGAUGAUUGCGUUCCGGAAUGCUGAGAGGUUGCUGAGGGUUGAGGCGCCGUGA